CGCACCCGGUGGAUGUUAGGAAGAGGCCGAACUCCUAGCGGCAUAUUUGGUUUUGGCCUUUUGGCAUUCAUUUCUGUCUCCGUCCGCCCAACUCAACUCAGCGUCCCCGAAACUCAGUUUUAUAGCUCCGUCGCCGUCCAUCCCCACACGUCCGUCGUCUGUCGUCACCAUUUGGGGAAAAUGCUAGGUCGUCUGGCAGCCACGCGCCUCCUGGAGAUCCGUCAAGCUUUCCGGGGAGCUGCUCAGGCUUCCCGGUCGUUCUCAACUGCUCUCAACUAUCACAUCGAUUCACCGGAUAACAAUCCGGACAUGCCAUGGGAGUUCAAUUCCAAAAACCAAGAGAAGGUUAAAGAGAUAAUAUCUCACUACCCAUCUAACUACAAGCAAUCUGCAGUAAUUCCCCUGCUAGAUCUGGCGCAACAGCAGCAUGGAGGAUGGCUUCCAGUUUCGGCAAUGAAUGCGGUAGCUAAAGUUAUCGGUGUUGCUCCCAUUCGCGUCUAUGAAGUUGCAACAUUUUAUUCCAUGUUCAACCGAACACCUGUUGGCAAGUACCACCUUUUAGUUUGUGGAACAACCCCAUGCAUGAUACGUGGGUCUCGAGAUAUUGAAGAUGCGCUACUGAAACACUUAGGAGUGAAACGCAAUGAAGUAACAAAAGAUGGUCUCUUCUCUGUUGGUGAAAUGGAAUGUAUGGGAAGCUGUGUAAAUGCACCAAUGAUUACCGUUGCAGAUUACUCUAAUGGAUCAGAAGGAUACUCGUAUAAUUAUUAUGAAGAUGUCACUCCAAAACGAGUUGUGGAGAUUGUUGAGUUGCUGAGAAAGGGGGAAAAAUUGCCACCUGGAACGCAAAACCCAAAACGUAUCAUGAGUGGACCAGAAGGAGGCAAUACUACUCUGCUCACAGACCCUAAACCUCCUCCAUGCCGGGAUCUUGAUGCUUGCUAAGUUCUGGUACAUGUCAGCUUCCAAUAAUGCAAAAGCGUUUAAGGUCACCGAGUAUCAUCGGUCUGCUGCUCUUUGUUCUGCCUUUGAGGCUAACCAAAUUUUUUUGUACUUUUAUGUCUGCCACUGAGUACUUGGCAAAGAUAUAUGAACUCGUGGCACAAUUUCGUAGUGGUGUUAACGGCUUACCAGAACAGUGUGUCAUGGUUGGUUUCCAUAAAUCCUUGGUUCACCUGAAAUUGGGAUGUUAUGCUUUUUAUGGUACUGGUUGUGGCGGCCAGCUGCGUCCAGAGUGUUAGUUUUAAGCCAUCAAUAAAAAUGUCGAUUGAUGAUUAUUCAUUCCUCAAAGCAGAGGUUUGCCACUCCUUUCCAUGCUCUCGUAUUAUGGUAUGAAGUUCCUUCUUGCAGACAGUGAAGUAGGGUUGACAGUCCUUUUUUCAUUUAUGAAAAACUAGUACA